AUGCAUUCUUUGACCAGUGUUUCGAAAUGGGGUCGUUUUCCGCCUCAAUUUUUUGAGAAAAAACUUAUCCAAGGUGGCUUAAAAAACGACAAUCCUUUCUCCCUUACGAAUUUCCCUUAUAAUCUUUCCACGCGUGAGACGACUCUCAACGCGUGUACAAGACAAAGUCUCGAUACUACUCACACUCCUCUCUACUGUGAAAUGACAACGACUUUGAUGCAUUCCGUGCGUUGGGUGGGCGAACUGUCCACGAGCACGGCGUCUUCAUCGAGUUCCGCGAGAAGAUCAUCGUUGAAAUCAUCGUCGACGUACGUCAGCAGCGCGAGGACGAUGACGACGACGAAAUUAUCUCCGUCGACUCGGAGACGUAAAAAGUUCCACUCGAAAGAGCAUUUGUGCUCGGAGGCGGUGAAAGAACCGUCGUCGGACGUGUCCGCGUCGUUCGACGAGCUCGACCCGGAACAACACAUCUUUAAAUCCGCGGACGACGAGGAACAAGCGUGCACGAUUCAAGAGCUGAUGGUCCCCGUGGCGCAGGAUUUGGACGAGAUGACGGCGAAUUUGAAAAACGUGAUUGGGAGGAAAAACCCACUGUUGAUUGCCGCAGCAGAUCAGAUUUUCGGCGCGGGCGGGAAACGGUUGCGACCGGUGCUCGUUCUGUUAGUUGCGAGAGCGACGGCGGCGUUGAUGAAGUUGCCGGAUAUCAACGCGAAACAUCGACGCAUCGCGGAAAUCACGGAGAUGUUGCACACGGCGAGUUUAGUGCACGACGAUGUGUUGGACGAGUGCGACGUGAGAAGAGGGAGUACGACUAUUAAUUGUUUGUAUGGGACGAGAGUGGCGGUAUUGGCUGGGGAUUUCUUGUUCGCGCAGAGUUCCUGGGGUUUGGCGCAGUUGGAAAAUUUGGAGGUUAUUAAACUCAUCUCGCAAGUUAUCGCGGAUUUCGCCGACGGGGAGAUUUCGCAAGCGACGGCGUUAUUUAACACCAACAUUACCUUUGAAGAUUACAACAUCAAGUCGCACCAAAAGACUGGGUCGUUGAUUGCGGCGAGUUGUAAGUCCGCGGCGGUGUUUUCAGACGUGCCGUUGGACGUGAAGGACGACAUGUACGCCUACGGGAAACAUCUCGGGUUGGCGUUUCAAAUCGUGGACGAUAUUUUGGAUUUUACACAGACCGAGGAACAGUUAGGGAAGCCGCCUGGGCAAGAUUUGGCGACUGGAAACUUAACCGCGCCGACGUUGUUCGCGUUGCAAGCGGACGAUCGCUUGAAAGGUUUAAUCGAGACGAGGUUUAAAGACCCGAAAGAUUUGGAGUCGGCGCUGAAGAUUGUCGAGGAGAAAGGGAUAGAGAAAGCGAUGACGAUGGCAAAGCAAGAGGGAGAUAAAGCGCGAGCGGCGUUGUCCAAGUUGCCGGAUUCGCCGUCGAAGAGGUCCCUGGACUCGAUGAUUACGUACGUUUUGAUGAGAAUCAAUUAA